UCGGUACCUAAAAAGACAACGCUGUAUGUUGACUUUGCAAAAAUUUCGUCUUGUCAUAGGAAUUGGUAGCGGCACAGAAUAUACAAUAGAAUUUUAUUCCAACAAGGAUAUUGGUAAUUUUAAUUAUUUAAAUUAUUCAUAAUGACCGUCACAAAGCGGAUGGACAUUGAUGCCGUAUGUAAGGGCGAAGGCUUUCGCUCAUACUACAUACAAAAAAUUGAAGAGCUACAAUUGAUCGUUGCUGAAAAGUCCCAAAAUCUAAGACGUUUGCAAGCUCAGCGUAACGAACUCAAUGCCAAGGUUCGCAUGUUACGCGAGGAACUCCAGCUGCUACAGGAACAAGGCAGUUAUGUGGGUGAAGUUGUCAAGCCAAUGGACAAGAAGAAAGUCUUGGUGAAGGUACACCCAGAGGGAAAAUUCGUUGUCGAUAUCGACAAGAAUAUCGACAUCAAUGAUGUGACACCGAAUUGCCGUGUUGCUUUGCGCAACGAAAGUUAUACUCUACACAAAAUCCUACCAAACAAAGUUGAUCCUUUGGUUUCUCUUAUGAUGGUGGAAAAGGUGCCUGAUUCAACUUAUGAAAUGGUUGGUGGUUUGGAUAAGCAAAUUAAGGAAAUUAAGGAGGUCAUUGAAUUGCCAGUCAAACAUCCUGAACUGUUCGAUGCUUUGGGUAUUGCUCAACCUAAGGGUGUAUUGUUAUAUGGACCUCCUGGUACUGGAAAGACCUUACUUGCUCGUGCAGUAGCCCAUCACACAGAAUGUACAUUUAUACGUGUUUCGGGCUCUGAAUUAGUACAGAAAUUCAUUGGUGAAGGUUCACGUAUGGUUCGUGAAUUGUUCGUCAUGGCCCGUGAGCAUGCUCCUUCCAUUAUAUUCAUGGAUGAAAUCGAUUCCAUUGGUUCCUCACGUAUUGAAUCCGGUUCUGGUGGUGAUUCUGAGGUACAACGUACUAUGUUGGAAUUAUUGAAUCAAUUGGAUGGCUUUGAGGCCACCAAAAAUAUUAAGGUUAUCAUGGCCACAAAUCGUAUUGAUAUUUUGGAUCCUGCCCUCUUGCGUCCUGGUCGUAUUGAUCGUAAAAUUGAAUUCCCACCACCAAACGAGGAAGCUCGUCUGGAUAUUCUUAAAAUUCAUUCACGUAAAAUGAACUUGACUCGCGGCAUUAAUUUGAGAAAAAUUGCCGAACUUAUGCCUGGUGCAUCGGGUGCUGAGGUCAAGGGUGUGUGCACAGAGGCUGGUAUGUAUGCGCUGCGUGAACGACGUGUCCAUGUGACACAGGAAGAUUUUGAAAUGGCUGUGGCCAAGGUAAUGCAAAAGGAUUCCGAAAAGAAUAUGUCGAUUAAGAAAUUAUGGAAGUAAGAUAUGCUUAUGUACAAUUAAAUAUAUCAAUAUUUCAUCUAUUUACUAAAAUUUAAGUUUGUAUUUCGUUUGCUUUAAAUUUGUAAUAAAACAAGUAAUCAUUUUUAAGUUAAGAAAUUGAA